AUGGCAGCUCCAGUCGGUACCCACACCGUUAACUCGGCUAUCGCGGUCCCUCCUAUCAUUGACGAUGACCUCGACGAGAAGAACGACUCCACCCAACACCACGACCACCAUCACGGGAUCGAUGUGGAUGGUGCCGCGGUCAGCGCUCUGCCCGACGCCGGCAUGUCUGCUGGUCUUGGAGUCAUUGAGCAACGACGGGCCAUUCCUCUCUCGGGAAAGCGAAAGCCCACCACCAAAUGGGAGUACUGGACAUACAUCGGGUUUUACAUGUUCCAGAACACGUGUCCUCUCGGAUCUCAGGUUCAAGCCAUUCGACAGUUGACUUUGACCGCCUCGCAUCCCUCUGGAUUCAUGGAGUUUGCAGGCAAAACCGUCCCUAUCAACACUGCCAUUCUCGACAUCAACGGAGCUUUGAGCGCGGCAGGUCUUGCUGUGAUGUUCAUUCUAGGACCUUACGCCGACUAUGGUUCAUGGAAACCAUGGAUCUUGAUCGUUGCAAUCAUCGUCACUUGGGGCUGCUGUUUUGGAGCCUUGGCUAUCAAGCAUGUCGACCAAUGGGCUGCUGCCAAUGUCAUCUGGGCGAUUGGUGGACUCUCCACCACCGUUGUUGCCAUCUUCUACCAGGCUACUUUCCCCGGUCUCGCUCGUGAUCUUCCCAAAGUCAUUCAAUCGGAAGAAGAUGUCUUGAACGGUCUCAAAACCCCCGAAGAGCACGAAAAGCUCGAUUCCAUGGAACGAGCUCAGCUUUACAACUAUUGUAACAUAUUCGGAUCCGUCAUGGGAAUGGUUAUGUACGGCGUGGCUAUUGGUUUGGCCAAGGCCAUCCAGGGCACUGGCAGCAUUGAGGAUGUUAUCAAGGCAGAUCACUGGCUGAUCGUCUUCUACACUCCUCUCUCCAUGAUCUUCGGUCUUCCUUAUCUCUUUGCCAUGCAAUGGCGACCUGGCUCCGCCAUCCCUCAUGGUGUUUCUGCGUGGACUACUGGACCCCGACAAGUCGUGUACGCCGUCAAGUCUCUCGGUAGACUGAAGCAAUGUCUCUUGUACCUCAUUGCAUACGUCUUCUUGUUUGAAUCCAUCGGAGCCUUCCUCAGUGUCUACUUCAUCUUGUUGUUCGAAACCAUCCACUACUCCCCCGAGCUUCAAAUUGCCUACAACAUGGUCGGAGAUGUCUGCGGAGGUCUCGGUGUCAUUGGUACUCAGCUCGUUCACAAGAAGUUCGACUUCCAGAUCAAAUGGAUCAUGUUCUUCGGAACCCUCACCAGUAAUUUCCCGAACCUGUGGGGUGCCCUUGGCUCGUUUACCUCGAAGAUUGGUUUCAAACACCCCUGGGAGUUCUGGUUCUUCCAGGCUUGGAACGCUUUCACCGCUUGCUGUGGUAUCUACAACGUCACUAUGAUUUCCGAGGUUGCCCCGGCCAGUAAAUUGUUCAUGUUCUACUCCUUAUUCAAGACUGUGGUCGGAUCCACCGGAUUCUCGGGUCCCUUCAUCGUCGCCGGAAUUAUUGACCGAUCUCCAAAGAACCCCAACGUAGCCUUCUGGUUCCUCUUCGCGAUCGGUAUCCUUGCCACCAUCUUCCUGUACUUUGUCGACGUGAAGAAGGCCAAGAUUGAUUGCGCCUUGUGGGCCGAAAGGGAGGCUCAAGAGCGAUACUCGGACGAGCAACGUCUCGAAGGCCAGCUCAACCGGGAGACUGAGAAGCAUGUCGAGGGAGCAGCUUAA